GUUCUAGAGGCUAUAUCCAUGGGUGCAACGGCCAGUGGGAGCGAUGUACUACAUAAAUGGUUUGUAGCCUGACCAGCUUGACUGUCCUGUGCAGAGUGAUAGGUAGUUGGGGCAUCUUCAGGAUGUAUCGAAUUCUGUUGUGUAUUUAUUGUCUACAGGCAAAUAUUGUGUUACAUAUUAUGCUUGCAAAUAUGGUGGAAUUGCCUGACCUGGUGUAUUGAGUCUGGGCUGGGUGAUCCAAGCUGCAUAAUCUACACAUGUCAAUACUGCUGGUACGUAUCAAUACAUUGGCAAAAUGAAAUAGAAAUGAGAGCUUCAGUGGCUACCAAACUGUUUUGUUUGUGUAGACUUUGAAUCUGAAGUGGAGACAGAACGUCUGGUUGCUUGCUCAGAUUGAAGUAUAUAUAUACCUCCUUUGAUUUCACGGAUAAGAAAUCCAAUGUCUUGGCCAAGGCUCUCUUGCACUUUUUUGGUACACGUUUGCUUGAAGCUGCUGGUGUGGACGCUUUGACCAAGUCUGAACUUUGCUAAUUGCAGGAACACAAUGGCAGGUAAUUAGCACUAUAGGAAUUGGCGGGAUUUUGACAUCUACCUCUUUUGAAGUAUCUGGACAUGUCUCUGUCAUAUUUUGGAUGACCGCUCUGUAUCUACUCCCGCUGUGGAUUGCAGUGACUAUGCUGCCUGGUUGUAGUUUGACCGCGUAAUCAUCAUCCACGGGGGUCAACUUGGAAGAUGUUACCUGCGCGGUGAUACCGUCUUCCCAGAGAAUAUCAAAGACAUCUAGAAGAGGUGUAAGUUAGAUUGGCAGCGAGCUCACACUCUCGAGAGGUGCUGGAGCACGCUCAGUCAAGUGUAUCUAGUAGCAGCUGCGCGGUAUCUUUAAACACAUACAGUUCUUGUAGAGUUUCCUCCAUUCUUUGGUAGUAGUCGGAAGGAGCAGAGCGCUGACGUCUAGACGUGUGCCAAAACGUUCACGGCGACUCGACAUUGCCACGUUACUCUCGUCUUGCAGUUACUCCGAAAUUGGCGGGCUUUCGCAACGCAUGCGCUUAGUAUUGUCACCGUUUCCGGCCACAUGAGGGUGAUCAGCGAUGGGCGCUUGAGUAAGUGUGACGUAAACUGAUGGAUAGUGGUAGACGCAGACGUCGAGGUCCCUACAAAUCUUGGGAAACCGACUGCUCAGAAAGCGUUCCCAAGCAAACUCGCAACAACUGGAAAAAACCGGUGCGGUACGUAUAGGUACGAUUUAGCCCGGCCUGGUGAUUUGAUCAACAUUGUAUGAAGUCUGAUGGUCGGCUUGCAUGUAGGCACAGUUGUCUAGCAGUUGUGGGCAUGCAAUUAAAGGUGUACGUACGUACUGUGCAUGUAGCUACUAUCUGUACCUUUGUGUGCAUGUGCAAGACGCUCUGUUUAGUAGAGGUAAAAUUGACUCACAGUGUAAUCGUACACGACAAGAUUGUGGUAUCAUAACUACUUAGGCAAGAUCAUGAAUGUUCGUAACCGGCUUGAUUGUCAUCACCUAGUAAUAUUUGACAUAGCUAGAUUGUAACCUAUGAGCUAACAGUCGAGGCUUUAGCACUCUGGUGCUUCUUCAUUUACUUAGCUGAGGCGCGCAUACACUGGGGUUAUAGUAAUACCGCUCUCUAGACCAACGACUGAACGAUAAACUUCUGCCAAUUGCGCAUGCGCUUAUUGUUAUCGCUAGUGUUAGUUUUACUAUGUUUGGCCUAGUACUAUAUACACCCUGCACCUGUCAAUCUACUCUGUCCGCCUCUCACUUUAGACUUACGCUAGUCGCAUAACUUUCGUAUUUUCCCAAUAGCACAUGCAGCCAUUCUUGUUUGUAACUAGCGGAUGGUUUGUGCUAAAUUGUCAUGAGAAAGGCUGCAAUGUGAGGUGGUGUGAUGUGAUCAUAUCGCUGGUUGUCUCGUUGUUGAGGUCAAACAGGACGUUGUUUUAGCUAAAUGUUGCAACGACGCACGGAUAAUUAGUAUCGCUAGAUUGUGCAUCACAACACAGCUGCGCGUGGUAGCACUAUGAGUAAAUGCGGUUAGUGAUGAAACAGUUACAGUCAUAUUGCAGUCGUAGUGUAGAACUAGUGAGCAAGAAACAACUAGAUAGCAGCCUAGGGUCUAGAUAGCUCGUAUACGUGCUUCAUCUUAUAGUAGAGGUCUUACUAGUAAAGUGCUCGUUAGCAUUGUGUCAGGCGAACGAAGGUGCAUGUUCUGCAAGUCGUAGUUUACUUACGCGGUAGCCGCAUAACAAUUGUUGCGUCACAAACAAACGCGGGAACUCGGAAACAGACUUAUAGUUGCUAUAGAUCUUCUAGCUUUCUAGUUUUCACUUCUUCGUUCACAUUUCAAUCGUCUAACUCGUUUAGGUAGCUGGUCGCGUAGUCACGUGACAAUGGUUGUCUACCAAUAAUUUCUGUCAAACUGGCACGCGGAAGCUCAGAAAACAGAUUUUUCUCUUCUUCUACGCGGGAACUCAGAAAACAGUUUUUCAGUUGCUCGUUCACGCGUUUACUUAGCUAGUCGCGUAGCAAUGGUCGGUAGCGCCUAGCAAUGGUUGCGUAGCAAUAAUUUCUGUCAAACUAACGCGCAGAAAAUCAGAAAACAGACUUUUCUCUUCUAGCUUUUUCUUUCAAUUCCUUUUGUAUAUUUUCUUAUUAGUCACUUAGCUAAGGGAGCAAAUUGAGAGUCAUUUCACUCUUCUCGCCAAGAAAUUAUAAUUGAGUCGACCCCUUGAAAGGGGACCCUUGAUUCAAUUUUUGCGCAUAUGUUACGGAGUCAAUAUUGCAUUCAUCUGGCAUCCUGGUUUUUUCAUCCAUCUUUCCGUUUUGCCAUAAAUCCAUAUAUGACAAGUGCUGAGGUACGCAUAUAGAUAUAUAAAUAUGUAAAUAUAUAUCUCGACCUCAAUUGCCAUGAAAAGAGAGAAGCUCGCUUCCCUCGCCAAUUAGAAACUUGAUAUUCUCUUCUUCAUUCAAUUGCUUUAGAUAUUUCUUCCAUACCUGCAGGAUGCUGAAGUCGAUGUCCAGCACGUUUUACAGCUUCCCAGAGAAACUUCCUGUUCUCAUUUUCUCAAUUUGUCAGAUGCCAACCACAUGUGGACUCAUCAGUCUGUUCUAGAAGCUGAUGUUGAUGCGCAGGUAGUUGAGUAUCACAGCCAAGAGGAGAUGAUCCCUGGGCCGUUUGCAAUUGGACAUGUCUCUGAUGAGGUGGACAGUACUGAUGACCCUGCUGAAUCAAGUAGUCUGCUUCAGAGUUUGCCACAUCUGCUUCACUGCUCCAUCCAACGUCAUCACAUUCUAGAUUGCUCUCAUCAUGAUCAGACAUUUCCUUCAUCUAGGAAGGAAAUGUCUGAUCAUGAUGACAGCAAUCUAGAAUGUGAUGAUGGUGGAUGGAGCAGUGAAGCAGACAUGGCAAACUAUGGAGCAGACUCAGCAGACUCUGAAGCAGCUAUAGACUCAGCAGACUCUGAAGCGGCUAUAGACUCAGCAGACUCUGAAGCAGCUAUAGACUCAGCAGACUCUGAAGCUGACAAUGUUGAGGAGGGCAUUGAAACACGAGAUGUGCAUGAUCUCGAGGCUGAAGCGGCUUGUGAUAUCUCCACAACACAUGGACUGUAUGAAGGGUCUCUAAUCUCUACCAAAGCGACUUUGGCAUUGCUCACACAGUUAGCACAACGUCAUAGGCUUUCAAAAAGCGCUUUGUGUGAUUUUAUGAAAGUUAUUUCAGUACUUUUGCCACAACAGCCAGAUGUACUCAAGUCUGGAUUUCAUUUCAAUAAGGCUGUCAUAAAUUUAACAACACAGUUAGCCAAGCCAAUUGUUCACUAUCUUUGUCCUUGCUGCAAGAGUCUGAUGAAAGAGAAGUCAACGUGCUUGACAGCGGGUUGCCUCUACAGUGGUGUUGAAGAGCCCCUGUAUUUUUUUGAACUCCCGAUUGAAAACCAGAUACAGGCUCUUUUUGCAGAUCAUCCUGAAUUUUAUAAGUCACUUGAAAUCAACUUUGGCAGACGGCAUGGCUGUGUAACCUUGAGCGACGUUUAUGAUGGACAAGUUUAUCAAUCAUUGGUAGAGUCUGGAUACUCGCAGAAUAUCUUCCACCUUACACUGGGAAUGAAUACCGAUGGAGUUCAGUUGUUUAAAUCACCACAAACAAGCAUGUGGCCAGUGUAUUUCAGAAUUAAUGAGUUACCACCUACUCUAAGGUCAUCAAAGAAAUAUCUUCUUCUUGCUGCAGUUUGGUGUAGACAAGAAAAACCACCGAUGCACUGGUUUCUCAGGCCUGUCAUUGAUCGACUUAAUCGACUAUAUACUGAAGGUUUUGAAAUUUGUCGCCCACAAUGCCAACCUGAAAGAUGCCGUCUGAAAGUACUGUUCUGUGUGGCAGAUUUACCAGCUAAGGCUCUGCUUCUCCACUGCCAACAGUACAACGGUUGCUUUGGAUGCUCAGAGUGUGAAAUAAAAGGGCAAGUGGUACCAAGGCUUAGAGGCCACACUACAUCUUUCUGGCAACAGUCUCUUGCCAUUAAGCGAACGCACAAGUCUGUAUGUCAUCAAGCUCAAGUAGCUCUCCAAACAAAUAAGGUAGUUGUGGGAGUAAAGGGUUACUCACCACUUAGCUGGCUUGAUGAAUUUGACGUAGUCAAACAGACACCUAUAGACUACAUGCAUUGUGUUCUCUUAGGAGUCACUAAGAUGUUACUCAAUCUAUGGUUUAACAGUCGCAACAAGACUAAUCCGUACUACAUUGGGCAUCACACUGGCCUGAUUGACGAGAGAUUGUCAAGUAUCUUUCCUCCUACAGAGAUAUCACGAAAGCCAGGGUUAAUAUCUAAGAUGAGUGAUUGGAAGGCAUCUCAGUACCGGGCAUUUUUGUUGUAUUACAUGGUCCCUGUAUUAGCAGAUGUUCUUGAUCAGCAGUAUUGGAUUCAUGCGUUUUGCUUGGCUUCUGCACUUCAUUCUCUUCUGUCCUCGUCAAUAACUGCAGAUGACCUACUAGCCAUCGACCAGUCAUUGAAUCAGUUUGUGACUGAUAUGAAACUACAUUAUGGUCUGGAAUACUGCUCUAUGAACGUUCAUUUACUCACACAUCUGGUCGAUCAUGUCAAAUUAUUUGGGCCUUUAUGGACUCAUUCAUGCUUUGAAUUUGAAUCAGCCAACUUGAGACUCAGGAAUUUGGUACAUGGGAAGCGUUAUCCUGACCAACAGAUUGUUAAUGGAUGGCACCGUGAGCAUUGUGCCUUUAACAUAAGUCAAGAGAGCAAGGAAGUUCAAGCACUGCACGAAUCACUGUCCCAUUCAAGUGUGAGAUCCGAGAAUAACUGCAAUGAGGUGGCAUUGAAGUGUAAAAGAAAACAAUGUUUGGAUGCAGAUCAGGUCUCUGCUUUGAUGAUGGUACUUGGGCAGGCACCUGAAGCUUGUGAACUGUACACGAGAGCAAGUUGGAGUGGGAAGACCUUUUGCAGUUCAGGCUACUUGAAAUCAAAGAGGAUGAACAGUGUGGUCCAGUUUCAGAAGUCUGUGGGAACCACUCAGUUUGGGCUCAUAGAUUGUUUUGUGAGCCCAAUUCCAUCCAUGGCAGACUUUGCUGCUGCACUAGUGCUGCCUUUUGAUGCUAGACCUUUGGCUCCGACAGGUGUACCAUUAAUUCAACAAAAAUGGCUGGCAGUAUCUUUGAGACCAAGAAGUGACUUGCUGGCUAUUCCUAUAAGGAACAUUGUCCGGAAGUGUGUCUAUGUCCAGAUAUCCAGCACCAGAUUCAGAAAUGCUCAGUCCUAUCUAUCUCUCAUCCCUAAUGAAAUAGAAGUAGAUUGAUAAGUUUUACAACAUUACUAUUUUUAAGUUGUAGCUGGUUGCAUUAUAUCAUGUAUUAUAAUUAUAAAGUGGAUACACAAUAGA